UCAAUCUCUGUCUCUCUGGCUUUUCAGUCAGGUCUGACCCACAAUAAUCUCUUUCCUCUGCUCUCCGUCAGUCUUGUAGAGCACUGCCUAAGCCUCUUCAUUCUUUUUAUUCCUCUAUGUCUCCCAUUUUACAGCUCAUUCUCUCUUCAGAAUACCCUAGUCUCUCCCAUGCAUCUCCUGUGUAGUCUCCUUUACUUGUAAAUGAAUAGACUGUAAUCAUGUCAUUUUUACAUUUCAUCCUGUUUUAUUAAUCCUACUUCCCACCCUUCUUUUUCUGCUUUCUCAUUCUGUCUUUUCACCAGCUUUCCCCAUCCCCUGCCUCUCUUCAUUCCUCCUCUCCGUGCUCUGCCACUCUCUCACUGUUUCCCUAUAUUCUCUCCUCCGUCCUCCUCCUCCUCCUUUGCUUGUUCCCCCUCCCUGUUAUCUCCUCUGACUCGCUGUGUGGGUGCCUAUCUGUUGGAGUAAGACAGCUGGGGAGAUCUGGAAAGAUUUCUGUCUGGGUGCCUGUCUCUGGCGCCGCAAGGGAUGCAGCUCUGCUGGUGACACCAUAUAGGGGGAGAAUUGGUGACAAGAAGAGCAAGGAAAGUGACAGGGACACCGGUUGCAAAGCGGACCAGCAGAUCCUUCACACCAGAGAAGAUCAUGAGAGGAAGAACCAUCUGAUACAGACACUGAUGCUGGUGGCAGCUGGAGACGGACAGACACAGAGACGGAUUCAUCUCUUGAAACUCCCACCCACGGGAUACAGAGUCGGCUGGCACAGACACAUGUACUUUCUAUCCUCUGUCUCCCUUCAUUAAUUCCAUCUACGCUCAGUUUCCUUGAUUUUAUAGAGGAAGAACUGAGUACACAAUUAAACUAUUGUUGACUACAAACAAAGUGCAGGCCAAGUGGCUAUAUAACCUGUGUACAGUGUUUGUACGAGCAUCCUCCUCUCAGAAGAUAAUGUGCAAAAUUUUGUUCAGGAAUGUAAUACACAGACUUCGCUAAGUUCCGGCACUGAGUUUUCCCCCAACUUACGCUUCAUUUUCUCCAGCUAAAUAAUUAUUUUAUCACCACAAUGUCAUGCUGGUGGCUCUGGCUGACAACCAUCUUUUUCUUUUGCCACUUGCCAACAGGUACACGAUCUGAUUGCUGGCUGAUUGAGGGUGAAAAAGGAUAUGUCUGGCUAGCAAUCUGCAGCCAGAACCAGCCCCCCUAUGAGACCAUACCUCAGCACAUCAAUAGCACAGUUCAUGACCUUCGGCUCAAUGAAAACAAGCUAAAGAUAAUUGGUUAUUCCUCACUAUCCCGCUUUGGAAACCUGACAGAUCUGAACCUGACCAAGAACGAAAUCUACUAUAUAGAAGAUGGUUCCUUCAUGGGGCAAUCUAACCUACAGAUCCUAUAUCUGGGCUAUAAUAAACUAACGAAUCUGUCAGAGGGGAUGUUAAGGGGAAUGCCAAGGCUGCAGUUUCUAUUUGUGCAGCAUAACCUGAUAGAGGUGGUAACACCUAAUGCCUUUUCUGAGUGCUUGAGCCUUAUCAGUAUUGAUUUGUCCUCAAACAAAAUAAAACAUCUAGAUAGCUCCACAUUUGCUGGUCUUCAGGGUCUUAUGGUAUGUGAAUUGGCUGGGAACCCUUUCCAUUGUGGAUGUGAGCUCUAUGGCUUUCUUGAAUGGUUGCUCAUGUUUAAUAACGUCACGCGCAACUUUGAUCGGCUACAAUGUGAAACCCCACGUGAAUUUAAUGGUUAUCCACUGCUAAGCCCAAGACCACAUCACAGCAGAAAUGCUAUAACUGUUCUUCAAGCUCACUGUAGGAAUGGAGGUUACCUGUCUCUACCAAGGGAGCGUCCCACACCACUAAAUUCAGACUCCAUUAGUGAUAAAGAUGAAGGCUCUGGCUUCACUGGUGUGGAUAUUUCAGCAGAAACGGCUACACCUACUCCUACCACUGACUCUACAGGUAACCCCACAAUUGACAUUCACCACAUAACAGGAAACUCAGCCACUCUGAUUGUAACGAUUCCUUAUCCCUAUCAAAAACUCUAUGUUCUAGUGCAAUACAAUAACAGCUUUGUAUAUGAUGUAACAACUCUGAAGCACAAGAAGGAGUUUAUUACUCUGGAUAAACUGAAACCUCAUGUGAACUACACCUUUUGUGUAACUUCCAUACGCUUUUCAAAACGCUACAACCACACAUGUCUAUUCCUCGCCACUCGUUUCAGAGAUGAGAAAGACUUUGCUCCCAGUACUUCUACUACAACUCACUAUAUUAUGACAAUAUUGGGUUGUCUUUUUGGCAUGGUCAUCAUCCUGGGAGUAGUAUACUACUGUUUAAGGAAGAAGAGGAUGCAGGAAGAAAAGAAGAAAUCUCUGAAUGUUAAGAAAACCAUUCUAGAAAUGAGAUAUGGUUCAGAUGUUGAUCCCUGCUUAGGGCCUCAUUCUUCACAGAAGUUAUCAGAGCACCCCAUUCCUAUUUCUUGCAUAUCUUCACUCCCUACAUCUGUAUCUGGGCUUGGGAGUAUAGGAGAGAAAGGAAUAUCCUCCAAACCAAUAAACUCUCAAAUGGGGACACCAAAAGGCACAAACUACAUGGAGGUUCGGAGUGGUGACGGGUUAGACAGAGGUCAAAGGAGGAUGUCAGGAGAAGAAGAGGAUGAAGAUGACUUUCGUGAACUGGACAAUGGUGAGGGAUCAGCUUCUGAAAUAUCCACAAUUGCCAAGGAGGUAGACAAAGUGAACCAGAUCAUUAACAACUGCAUUGAUGCCCUCAAGCUGGACACCUCCUCUUUUUUAGGAGGGGGGGACCCGGAGCUAGGCUAUGACUGCCACUCUGUACCAGCCAUCUCAUCAGGCCACUUGGAGAGGCUGAGCUUCCUCUCUCCUGCAUACAAGGAGGGCGUGUACCCUCUUCAGCGCCAACUCAGUGCAGAUGCUGCCACAGUGACCAAGAAACGCUGCAGCAUUUCAUCUAGUGGCUCCAUCAAAAGUGCCCGAGUUUUCAGCCUGGAUGUUCCUGACCAAUCUUUAAAAUGUGACUCCAAAUACAUUGAAAAGAGCAGUCCCCUUAACAGCCCUCUGGAUCGCCUUCCUCUAGUGUCUUCUUCUGGAGUACAACACCUCGACGUCAAACCUUCCUAUCACUGCAACGAGCACCGCCAUUCCUUCCCAGCCCUCUAUUAUGAGGAAAGUGCUGAUACACUAAGCCAGAGGGUCAGCUUCUUAAAACCUCUUUCCCGCUCUAAAAGAGACUCCAGCUACUCGCAACUGUCCCCUAGACACCAUUUCUCUGGAUACUCCUCAAGCCCAGAGUACUCCACUGAAAAUACCCACAAGAUCUGGGAGCGCUUCCGCCCUUACAAAAAACACACCCGGGAAGAGGUCUAUAUAGCAGCUGGACAUGCUCUGCGCAAAAAAGUCCAAUUUGCUAAAGGGGAGGACUUGCAUGAUAUUUUGGAUUACUGGAAAGGGGUAUCCGCACAACAAAAACUGUGACUAGCACCUAAAAGAGUGUAAAAGGUACAAAAGGAUGUCAGGGAUGUUGAAAGAUUUUUUGUUGAGAAUGGUGGUGCUGAUGUACCACAGUUUGCAAUUAAAGUUUACAUUGGAGGUGGGGGGUUGUACCUCAUAAAGGUGGGGAGGAGAAAGAUGGACUUGCGGGUUGUGGACAGGACAUUUUCAGGCACAGUUCUCCCCCCUUUAAAACACCACCCCCUCUAUUCCACACACUGUACUAGUGGCUUUCUCUCCAUUAAUCUAUUUAAUUUAUAUACUUUUUGCCCCCAUGCUUCUUAUUUUUUACCUGUCGUAAGCUGAAUUCACACAGCAAUAAGGCACUUCAGGGUUGUAAAUAUCUUUAAAAACCCAUUUUGGGUAAUUAUUUUGAAAAGCAUGAUGAUGUUCAGUUCAAAUGGUGCAAAUGUAUAGGGAUACCUUCCAAAUAAAAAAUCAAAAAAGAGAGACAGCAGGUAAUCUUGUAUUCAGGGAUUUUUCUACACAGAGGAGAGUCGUGGAACUUGGAUUUAUGAAAUUCUGUAAAUCCAUCUGCCCUUCUUACAUUUAAAGAGGCUAAAAUAAAUAAUCCUUAUAAAGUAAUAAACGCUAGUUCUUUAAGGGCAUAAGUAUAGCAUAGUUGUUAUGACCCCUGAAUUAGAGUAUGAGAUUACCAUUAAUUUAGCACUUACUGUAAAUCAACAGUAUCUGCAGUAUAUUUUUUAUUAAAAGUGAAACAUACAGAGAAUAAAUAUUAAUUGUAACACUAAUGUAAUAGGUAUUAGCCAAUUCACCCCUAUAAAAAGUUUAUCUCUAGCCUUGUUUAGGGAGAUUUUAUAUUUUAUACAUUUAUCAAAGAAAAGCUGUAGUUUUAAUGAAUGGACGUUAUUUGCACUAGGACAUUUUCAUUAGGUGAGGCAACCUUUACCAAUCACAGAUUUUCUUAUUUUACCCACUGUAGAUGACGAAGCCGACUGCUGACUGGCUGCAAGGGGUUAACUGCGCUGGUGCAAAUUGGCCCAGUGUUAGUAUAUGAGACCAAUAAUGUCACUAUUUUUGGAUGAAUUGUGGCUGUUUAGUUUACCAAUAUCUUUCAAAAACACUUCCAAUCCAGCCUUUGCACAUUUACAGUGGAUGAAAGCAUACUAUACAUUCCCUGUUAGUAGACAUCAAUUUUAUUGCAGCUCUUUAUGGGAUGACUUUAUGUAUGUGUGACUACAUACAGUAAGAGCAUCAUUGGUGCCAGUACAUUUAGAGUCCCUUUAUAAUUUGGAGAAAGGGCUAAGGCAGCUUGAACAUGCUCCAGUAAUAAUUCCUGUUUUAAAUAAUGUAUACCCUCAAAUCCUCCUGCAGAAUUAUACUUACUACAAGGGGAUACUUAUUUUGCCGUUGAUUUCUGCUGUCUCUCAGUGUUACCUAUAAAAAUACAUAGGGAGUUGCUCUACAGCCCUGGCUGCGUCAUUGGCUCUUUCCAUAUGCCUGGACUGCUAGAACUCUUCCCUAUUCUAGCUUCUUGUAAUGGGAUUAAAAAAUACAAGGCCUAAUCAAAGUGAUACAGAGCUUGCUUACAGCAUACCAGCAAUAAACUGAAAGCUGAGCCAGCAACACCUUUUAGGAAGCUAUUGGGGAUAUAAAGCUAAAGGAAAGGAAAUAUGCUUUUAGCUCUAAAUAUUCCAUUAGACAAAGGCACAAAGACAAUAAACCAAGAAGGCGUAAUGGCCCUUUAAAUUUGUGCACGUCUGCUGAAGGUAUAUAUAUUUAUUUUGCCGAACAGCAUGUACAGCUGAAACACCAUAGUUAGUAAAGCCGUAGCCUGAGCUGCACAUUAAAGCAGAGGUUAGUUUACUUUACCUGUAAGAACUCACUAUAAAUCCUGCUGCCGCAGGGGAAUUAACUUGUGAUCCACCUCAGAUGUGGCUCUGUUCCCAAACCUAACAGAAAAAGGUAAAGAAAAGGAAAAAAAUGAGCUAAAAAGAAACAAGAGCCAGAGGCAAGAAAGGAUACAGUGCAACCUCUGAAUUUCAUUUUAUACAUACAAUUAUGUGGCUUUUACCUUAAAUGGCAACUCGUGCCUCUUCUCUGUGCCUGCUUGGAAAGAGAGCUGAUCCAGCAAUUUAUCACACGGACAACAUCUGUAGGUAUUCCCAGCUAACUAAAGAGUGAAUCUGACAUUCUUCAUAUGCUGUCUGUGCUUUCGACAAUAAUCACAGGGGGAUAGGAACAAUUAUAGUACAAUGCUUGAGCUCUGCCAGUUUGGUACUGGGAGAGAUGCAUCUUUCUGUUCUUUAUGUCACUGCUGCUGCCAAGUAGGGGCCUUUAUGUGCCCAGAUCCUCACCACAUUGUGUUAAUUGCAUUAAGGGAGGGGGCAGUCAUUUUAUACCCAUCUGCUCUUGUCCAUGGUACUGGACUGCACAACAGUGAUUUUCAACUGUAGCUGUUGGGAUUUUGGGUGUUUUUAGCCACAGAUUGACAAUCGCUUUUGUGUAACUUCCCAAUAUGGAACAAGGACAGAAAAUACAUUAUGCUGUUCUUCACAGUGUAUUAACUCUUUGCUUUGUAACCUUAAACAUCAUAUUGCUCUCAGUGUAGGGAUACUGUGCCGAGGGACCCUCUAGUUUUUUAAGAGUUUGCAGUCAGUUACUUGGCAGUAGAAUCAUAUAAUGUGCAGACGUUUCUCCAUUUCUAGCAACCUAUAGCAAUCAGAGUAGCAAAUGCUUUUUCCUGGUUGGCAUGGGUUACUCGAAAUUGAACCUUUGAACAGUUCCACGUUAAAUAGUGAUUAAUAUACAGCAAUGAAGGAAGUUCAGAACUGUCUCUAAGAUUUACGGUGUGGCCUUUUUUCCUCUAAAACUCUAGAGUUUGCCAAUAUGAUCCUGUUGCAUCAAUGCUUAUCUUCCAAACCAACCAACACUAAUAUUGUAACGUAUAUUUCAAACCAUUAUAGAAUAAAUACAACACAAUCUCAUCUGUGCCUUAUUGCCUAACAACAAAAUCCCUUUCUUAUUUAAUGUUUAGAAGUCGGUCUCUUAACAUUGCUUCCCUCCCCAUGCUCCUGGUAAGGGGACAUGUACAAGUUAGCAAAGAGUAAGCACCUUGAGAGGUUGACUGCCUCCUGGAUACCAGCAGGCAUAUUUAGUGUCAAAAUACUCAGAACAUUUUUUAUUAUCCCACAGUCCUCUACAAAGACUUCUAAACUGUAGGACUCUGUGUGAAGUCAGCUUGCGAUGUGUAUCCUCUAUAAAAUUUAUGUGCAUGGGUAUAAUACUUCAACCUCUGAAUUGUCUGUUGAUUAAUAAUCUAUAUAGCUAAAGGGACGUUGUAGAGGUUAACAAAUCAGAGCUGUCUUUAAGGGUUUUGAGAUAAGGCAAUGGCCCAUGACCAAUUUUUUUGGGAUCCAGAACAGAAAAGAAAGGAGGCCCAAGUAUAAUGUUUGAAGGGGCGUUACCUGAGUAAGUCAAGAGGAUUUUUGGAGAAGGAGCUGCAGGUAUGGAAUAGUGUGAAUAGUGUGAAUAGUGAGGCAAGGGAAAUGGGAUGCCAUUAUCCGAGUGUCUAUAUUGGAUGGUAUUGGGGGAGUCGGUUGUAACUGCAGCAUAGUGGCAGUAACAACUAGUAUUAAGUAUAACCAAUGUGCAGUUACAAUCUAUUUUUGACCAUCAACUCCCAGCAUCUAACAUCAGCCAAAGACCUUAGUUAAACAACAGUAGAAGGCAGGGCAGAAGGCAGGCGCCAACCUCUUAUCCCCUAGGCCAUUAGCUGAGCCAUGGACCCCAAAGUACUGCCAGGUUCCAAUGGAUUCUGACUGCAACAAUGCAGGUCUUCCUGAAGGCUCCACCUUGUAGUUGCACCCUCUGUUUCUCUGGCAGGUACACCUACUGGCAGGAGGUUGAUCUGUAGGGUAGUCAUGUUUUAUAGAAAUAUUAGGACCCCACCACCACUAAAGACAGCCCUGUAACUAACAGCAAUUUCAGUUUUUAAUUAGUUUAUGAAAGCUACAAAGAUACUUUUUCUUUUACGCUAUGAUUUUCGGAGACAAGGUCUGUUUCCUAGUUCUUGUUUUGUUUUCUCCUAUUGUGGGUGGUAAGGGUGGGAUGGGAGAGACUGGUAACGUUUAUGGGACCUGUACACAAUAUUUUUUUCCAAUGAUUUUCAAGAGAGGAAGCAGAAAUUGUAUUUUGUUUUUGCAUGCAUUAGUGUAAAAAAAAAAAAUGAAACGAACAAAACACAAUGAUAAAAAAAAGCACUUGGCAGAGUUCUCUUUUUAAAGAGCUUGUUGAAAUGUAAAGUGUGGAAAAUAUCCUGUCUGCUGAACAUUGGCUGGUAUCUAUGGGGUCAGGGGCACUGCCAUAGAUUGGUUUGUGCCAGCAUUCACAAUGACCCAGCUGGUAUGUAUAGCGUCAUUAGUACCCAUGAGUGUUUAAAACAACAAGGCUCUCAUCUCUUGUAUCUAGGAAUGCCGGAAUAAACUCAUUAAAAGUAGCAUUUGGCACAACAUGCCUGUUAUUUACAGGGCCAAGAUGCAAUAGUAUACACUGGUACAAAUUACCAUUUAAAGCAUUUAGAUGUUUUCUGUAGGGUCAGGGGUAAUAUACAGUAUAU